AUGUUUCAUUGGAAAAAAUUGAAAUCUAUACAACACAUUUGUGAUUUGAUAAAAAACUCAGAAAGUCAUUUGCUUAAGCUUCCACCAAACGCCGAAUUAAUAGCACGAUUUAAAAGACGAUUACAAAAAAAUGUUUUAGUUUCGACGAAUCAUCCUCUAACACGCUUUUAUUUACGAAGUAAAGCUGCAAUAGCUCUUGAAAAACAUAGACAUGGAAUGUCAUCUAACUGGUGGAUUAUUCAUCCAUGUAGUCAUUUUCGAUUUGCUUGGGAUAGUAUUAUGGCUUUUACAUUCUUAUAUAUGUUUUUUAUGAUUCCACAUAUGAUAUCUUUUCAUUGGCUAUCAAAAAAUAAAUCAGAUAUUAUAAAUAAGUUUAACAUAUUAACACCUGGUUUUAUUCUAUGUUUGAUUGAUAUAUUUUUUAAUUUUAUUACUGGAUUUAUAUCUCCUGAUGGUCAUGAAAUAUUUAUUGACCCAUUAGUAAUUUUACAAUUCGUUUUAAAUAUAUUGUAUCUUGUUGUUGGACAUUACAUUGGAAGAUUAUUUUUUAUUGAUUUAACAUCAUCUAUUCCUUACGUAUGGCUUCAUAAAAAUCGUCUUGAAAAUCCAGGAUCAGGCGAUCAACUUUAUCUUCUUUUUUUUGAAAUGCUUCCUCUUUUAAAAUUAUUUCGACUGUGUACAUUACGUCAUUAUAUCAAAGAAAUUCUGUUGGCUUGUGAAGCAUCUCGAGUUUAUGAACAUGGAGUAUGGAUCUUUUGGUUAACAAUUUUAAUUUUCCAUUGGUCUGCUUGUUUCACUUAUGCAUUUCCAUUUUUUUAUGCUUAUAUUAUGAAAACUACUAUGAAUAAAGGAGAAGGUUAUAUAUUUAAAACGAAGUUAUACGAAAAACCUGACUGGAUUAUUUAUUUAACAAGUUUAUAUAUUGGUGGUGGAAAUCUAUGCAGCUACAGUUUUACUGAGUUUAAAUUUACAGAUUUACCCGAUAAAAUAACACGAUGUAUAUUACUUUUAUUUGGUAUGACUUACUUCUUGUAUGUAAUAGUUAUAAUACUACAAUUGGUAAAGUCUUCAGUUGAACCAGAGCUUAAGUAUCAGUCAAUAAUGAAUGGAGUAAACGAUUAUAUUAAUAAUAAAAGAUUACCAAAAAAAUUGAAAGAGAGGUUAUUACAUUUUUAUGAACAUCGGUUUCAAGGUAGUUUAUUUAAGGAAAAAGCUAUAACAUCUACACUUUCGAAACAUUUAAAACGUGAAAUUACCCAAUACAGUAGCAGUAUUUUAUUUGAAUCCACUUUAUUAUUUAAUAACAUAUCUUGUAGUUUUCUAAAUAGCAUCAUUGGCGUUUUAAAACAAGAAAUAUUUCUUCAAGAUGACAUUAUUUACAAAUAUGAUAUUGAAGGAAAAUGUAUGUAUUUUAUUAUUACGGGUACAGUUGCAUUAAUCACUUAUUCUGGAAAAGAAAUAUGUCAUGUAAAUGAUGGCGAUUUCUUUGGUGAAAAUGCAGUGGUUCAACACGAACAUAAACGAGAAACAACUGCGAUUGCUUUAGAAGUAUGUGAAGUAUUACGUUUUGAUCGUCGAGAUUUCGUUCGUUUGGUACCACCAAAAUGCGAAAUGUACAAGGCGAUCGAAUCAUUAGCUGAUGCUUUGACACAACAUAUAAAAAAUGCUGAAAAUCAAGUAUCCAACGAUGAUGAUAAAAUUAAUGGAUUAAAAUUAUAAUGAUAUAUUAAAUAUUA